CUAUUAGCCAAAAUCUACAGUGAAUGGCCUCCUCCAUGCUUCACAAUGGGGCCCCCUUGCAAACAGCUUGCAAAACAUCGCCUUCAAUUUCACCCAUGCCCAACUCACAACUCGUGAAACCAUCUUUGCAAAUUGCCCACAAAAACUCUCUGGUUUGUCCAAGAUCAAUCGGUCCACGCCCGACACAACCCGCAAACUUUUACAACUUACAACGCGAGCUGCUAUCGAACCGUCAAGUAGCCACUGAUCACAACCUCUUUAGUUUUUAAUAACUUUGCUUCAUCCAACUCAGCAAGAAGAUGUCAAGUCCACCCAAGCGAAACAUUGUGGUCACAACCACCCGAAGCCCUCCCAAGCGCAACUCUUCAGGAAGGCAACAAAGAAUAUCAAACUCAUCUGCUGGCUCCAACAGCAGACCUAUUCUUCCAGGGUUGCGACGUACCCGAACGAUGCCAGCCUCGAUGCCUUCCCCGCACCGCAUUAGUGCUUCUGCCAAGAUGAUGGCAGGCCCUCGUCUUUCCAAGUUCUUUGAACUUGUUUCUUUGGAUGAUGCUUCUACUUCAGCAACGUCCUUUCUCUCCAUGUCACUCUCUAACCAUUCCACUGGCAACGCACACAACAGCGGCAGCGGGAGCGGGAGCUCCCGAUUCCGCACCUCUAGCGUACGUGCAGCGGAAAUUUGCGUGGAAGAGCUCGAUAUCUUUGUCUCCAAGGUCCUGCCCGAGUUUGUUCAGGAGAAGGGUCUUGUGACACUGCUAGAUUACGCUGUCAAGGAUUACUCAGAUGCUACCGACAGCCAUCAUGCCGCUCUGCAAGAACUGGCACUAGGUUUGACAUCCAUCUUGGAGAGCACGCCAUCAUUGCCUGCCUCGGUGGUCGCAGAACUGCACUCGUACCGUGGAUUGGUCCAUCUGGAACAAGAGAACGCGUAUGCAUCUGCCAUUGAAUGCUUCACUCGAGCACUCUGGAUCCAGUCUCACAUGAGCAAGUCCUCCAGUUCGAGUGCCCCCGGCACAACAAUGAUUGCCAGCAAUGCCUCGCACCUUUGGGACGUGGCCAUGACAGAACAUCGGUUAGGUGUCGCCUACGGACGCAGUGGCAAGUACCUCAAGGCCAUUGAUCAGAUGGAGCAUGCAAUCAAAUCCUACGACAAGGCAGGAGUUGGUAUCAGUGAAAGCUGCUACGUGGAAGCCAAGGAAGACUUGCAUGAAUUUCAAGAAGCCCAUCAGAUCUCGUUGAUUCGGUCCAGUGGACGCCACCACAUUCGCACCAGCAUACUCCGUCGUACCAAGUCGUUCGGUGGCCGACAGAACCGCCCCUCGGCCAAGUUGAUCCCAGAUGAAGUCAAGGUUGAGCUGGAGCGAGAGUUUGAACGUGAUAGUUCUUCCACCUCCACCUGUUGAAAGAAGACUCAGCCGACCAAGCACCGUUCGUUUCAAAGAUGCUUAGGCGACCACGGUCAAGCCGGCAACUUUAUUUGAAGGAAGCCGAGUCACCAGAAAAUAGGUGACAUUGCUGGGCUGGCCUUCGCCAAAGCUUGCGCAUAAAGACACCGCUACCUUCAUCAAAAACAAGAGAAUUUCCCAAUGGUAGUCCAAUGUACAGUUAGUCCAUACUGGAAUAGUAGUAUAAGAGCAGAUAGAUACAUAGAAGACACAGUCCUACGUUA